UGAUCUCUCUCUCUCUCUGGCCUGUUUCUCACAAGUGCAAAAGCCAAGAAAGUUGAGUGACCGGGACAUGCUGUGUCCAAGAGAGAACGGCUCAUGUUUAUUUAUUUAAUUUGUUUAUUUGUUUACUACUCCCCGACUUCACUACUCCAAUUGGACGUGAGCAGGCAUGUAUCUUUUGGCAAAUAGCUUCAGACGGCCCUGGCUCCUGGUCGUGGUCCUGGGGGUCGUCCAUCUGGUCGUGGUCUUGCUCCACGUCCUGUGCCACAUGGAAAUCAAGUCGUUUCUGCCAUUUUUCAACACAGCUUCGCUCAAAGUCACCAGCCUGCCGUCAGACUGGAGUAUGUAUGACGCAAACUCAGCGACGGAAAUGGACAACGUGUCGGGGGCGGCAGAGGGCCAAAUCUCAGGGUUGUCGAUUUGUCCGAAAUAUCCUCCACAUUUGGUGGGUCCAAUGAACAUAAAUUUCACACACCCAAUACAAUUAGAGAUAAUGCAGAAAGACAACUCUGAGGUCGUGGAAGGGGGUCGCUGGUGGCCCAGAGACUGCAUUGCCCGGCAGAAGGUAGCAGUCAUCAUCCCCUUCAGACACCGUGAGUUCCACCUCAAGUACUGGCUCCACUACCUCCAUCCCAUCCUGCAGAAACAGCAGCUGGACUAUGGCAUCUAUGUCAUCAAUCAGUAUGGAGAAACGACAUUCAACCGGGGCAAGCUGAUGAACGUGGGCUAUGCAGAAGCCCGGAAGCAGUAUGACUACGGGUGCUUCGUCUUCAGUGACGUGGACAUCGUCCCCAUGGACGACCGAAACGUCUACAAGUGCUACAGUCAACCAAGGCACCUUUCUGUGGCUAUCGACAAGUUUGGGUUUCGGCUGCCAUACAUGCAGAUCUUUGGUGGUGUGGACGGACUGUGUGUGUGUGUGUGUGUAGGUGGGUAG